GUGUGGUGGGGGACAUGCUGCGCUACCAGUGAGGGAGCCUGGGAUUAUCAGGUAGCCCAUCACCCUUGUCACAGCGUCCGUCUACACUGCUGAGCUUCUGCCCUGAGCGGUAUGUUUUCCCGACGAAGUCAUGGAGACCUCAAGAAAUCUACACAGAAAGUUCUGGACCCAAAGAAGGACGUACCCACCCGGCUGAAACACCUGCGAGCUCUGCUGGAUAUUCAGGAAUGGGGUGAACUGAAGCAAUUUUUUGAAGCGCACUAUUCUCAGAUUUAUUUUAUCUUCUAUGAAAACUUCAUUACACUGGAAAGUAGCCUAAAAGUUAAAGGUAACUCUCCAUGGAAUAAAUCUCAGAGGGAGGAGCUGGACUCCAUCCUAUUUCUUUUUGAAAAAAUUCUACAACUUCUACCUGAAAGGAUUUUCUACCGCUGGCAGUACCAUAGUAUAGGUUCAGUUUUAAAGAAGCUUUUACACACUGGAAAUUCCAUAAAGAUACGAUGUGAAGGAAUGCGGCUGUUUCUUCUCUGGCUUCAAGCACUGCAAACAAAUUGCGGAGAGGAACAGGCGCUAAUAUUUGCAUGUCUUGUUCCUGGCUUUCCUGCCGUCAUGUCAUCUCGAGGUCCUUGCACACUGGAUACCCUCAUAAAUCCUACUUAUAAUUUACCCGAUGGUAAAGUUUACCCUGAAGAGAUAACCCCUCUUUUGCCAGCUGUGUCUGGUGAGAAAAUUCCUGAAGAUCCAAGCUGCUAUUUCUUACAGAUGUUACUGAAAUACAUAGUAAUACAGGUAAGAUCCUUUUUAAUACAGGGCAACGAAAACGAAUGUAAAAUUUUGGAGUAGAACUGUAAAUGUGUUUGUUUUUUUUUUACAUGUUUCUCAAUUUUAUUUUCCUGAACAUCAAACAUUAAUCUGUUUAGAAAAUAUUAUCUUCAUCAUUUGUUUCCUUCAUUUACGAAGUUAACCAACCUUUAUAAACCUGUACUUGAUAUUCCUGAUGUCAGACCAAAGCCAGUAUAUGUCACCUCAACCCGUAACAACGAAAACCACUAUAGCACAAAAAUCCCACACAUGGCAGCUAGAGUUGUGUUUAUUAGGUGGCUUGUCACUUUCUUUUUGGAAAAGAAAUAUGUAGCAUCUUCACAAAGCACUAAAAAUGGAGGAGAUGUUCUGCCGAAACUUAUCCAGACUGUAUCCAUGGUUAAUGUGAGUCAAGAGAAGAACCCAGAAGCGGAACCCACAGGGGCACCAGAACAGGAGAAGAACCACUCAAACAGCAGCACUUUGUCAGACCGAAGACUCAGUAACUCAAGCCUUUGCAGCAUAGAAGAGGAACACAAGGCUAUGUAUGACAUGGUGCAGAGAAUCCUUCUGUCCACACGGGGAUAUAUCAAUCUCAUCAAUGAGGUCUUCAGGCAGGCGUUCCUGUUACCAGCCUGUGAUGUCUCUGCCACAAAAAAGGUUGUAAAAGUUUAUAGGAAAUGGAUCCUACAAGAGAAGCCUAUUUUCAUGGAGGAGCCGUCACAACAAUCUGAAAAUCACAUGAAUGUGCCAGUUUUUGAGUCUACAGUCUCAGAGCAUGAUGGCAAACCGGUCUCAGAGCCGAGUGGACACAAACGAUCAUCGAGCUGGGGGAGGACAUAUUCUUUCACCAGCGCUGUGAGUCGGGGAUGUGUGUGUGAAGAUGAGAACAUUGAUGUGAAGGCCGGAGAUCAGGCUUCUUUACAGGUCUUCUUGACAAACUCUGCAAACGUUUUCCUGCUGGAGCCAUGUCCUGAAGUCCCGUUGCUUUUGGAAGAACAAGUGGAAGCCUGCAAAUCCGUUUUAAGUAUUUACAGGCGGAUGAUCAUGGACCUUGCAAUGGAUAAAAAGACCUGGGAGCAGAUGCUGCAGAUACUGCUGAGGAUAACAGAAGCAGUUGUUCAGAAACCAAAGGAACCCUCAAAAAAGGACUUGUUUUCUCAGGAUCUCGCUGGUGUUUUAUUCCGGACACUAAUUGUAGCAUGGAUCAGAGCCAACCUGAGCGUUUUCAUAUCCCGGGAGUUGUGGGAUGAGCUGCUGACUGUCCUGUCUUCACUCACCGACUGGGAGGAACUUAUAUACGAGUGGUCUAAAAUCAUGGACUCUCUUACUGCUGUCCUCGCCAGAAUGGUCUACGGGCUGGACAUGGGCAAUUUACCUCUGGAUAAGCUCAGUGAGCAAAAGGAGAAGAAACAGAGGGGGAAAGGUGGCUAUCCUGAUCCUCAGAAGGGGGCUGCAGUAGGCAGAUCAUUCUCUCUUAGUUGGAAAAAUCAUUCGGAUACACAUGAGCCUAUGAGAUUUCGGAGUGCUACUACCUCUGGGGCUCCAGGUGUGGAGAAAGCAAGGAACAUGGUGCGGCAAAAAGCCACAGCCAAGCGAAGUCAGUCUAUCAGCAACUGUGUUCAUCUGUAUGAGGCUUUGCCAGCAGCUAAAAGUGUUCCACAUCUCCUUCACAAUGUGAGCUCUCUCUUACCUGGUAUCUCUUAUGCUUCUUGUUCUCAGAAACUCUCAGAAGUGGAUGAGACGCAACAGCCACAAGAUGGGUCAGCUAUCUCUGAAUCAAGUGGUGCAGUUUGCAGCCAAGAGCCACAGGAACUAACUCGGUGUAGCAGUACCUCUGACCUAGCAGAGCAGACACAACCCAGUUUAUUGCAAGAUAAUAAAACAGAAAACACUAAUGAUUGUUCAUCAGAAUGUAACACUGCUCUAGAGCCGGGAGAGGGUACAAAGAGAGAUAGCGAUGGUCCAAUGAUAAUGAUACGAAGGAGCAGCAGCCCAGCAGAAUUUGAGUGGCACACAGAUACUCAGCACACCAAUGGAAGAAGUGCCGAUCACGAGAGAGUUGAUAGUGUCAGUGAUGUGACAAAUGGAUACAGCCGUGAUGCAGACAUUUAUCUGAUGCCCUGGCAAAGCUGUGACGAGGACCCUGAGCUUGGUACACCCACGGAUGUGGCCAUUGAUCCUGAUGCAAGACAAUGGCUGCAGCUCAGUCCUGCUGAUGCUGCACCUUUUACAGACAGCAUUGAGUUCCUUGCUGGGGACUGUAGCAUCAUAGCCGGCGGUAACCUGUCUGGCUGGCACCCGGACUCUGCGGCUGUCCUGUGGAGGAGAAUCUUGGGAAUACUCGGAGAUGUCAACAAUAUUCAGUCCACCAAAAUUCAUGCAAAGGUGUUUGGCUACCUCUGUGAGCUGUGGUACAAGCUAGGAAAGAUUAGAGACAAUUUGUCAAUCAGUCUGGACAAUCAGUCUUCCCCACCGCCACCCGUUUUAAUCCCCCCUCUCAGAAUGUUUGCAUCUUGGCUGUUUAAAGCUACUACAUUGCCAAGUGAGUACAAAGAGGGCAAACUGCAUGCCUACAAGCUGAUCUGUGGUAUGAUGACAAGACGGCAAGAUGUUCUCCCAAACUCAGAUGUCUUGGUUCAGUUUUACAUGGUUUUACACAAUGGCCUCAAUCAUGAUGAUCAAGAUAUUGUGAAUACCGUCAUAAAGCAUUGCUCGUCCAGUUUCUUCUUCCUCAGCUUGCCUGGCUUUACAAUGCUGAUAGGAGACUUUAUCACAGCUGCGGCCAAGGUUCUCAGUACAGACAUGUUCGAGGCACCACGAUUGGAAGCUCAGAUCAUUCUUGGGUCACUUGUGUGUUUCCCAAACACUUACAGAGAUCUCUCCUUACUUGAUGCUUCAGCUGGAGCAAAUUAUAUUGUCAUAGAAAACAAAGAUAUAAAGAGUUUCUUAGUUAACAGUUUAUUGAAGAAUGCCAGGGAGGAGCCUAUCGAAGCUGCUAGGUGCAUUGCAAUCUGCUGUCUUGGAGUGUGGAUCUGUGAAGAGCUAGUAGAGCACACCAAUCACCCUCAGGUUAUAGAGGCUAUUAAUGUCAUCGGGGUAACACUAAAGUUCUCUAAUAAAACAGUUGCGCAGGUGGCGUGUGACGUCCUUCAGCUGCUGGUUUCAUAUUGGCGAGAGCUUCAGAAUCCUGAGUUACCUCUCUCCAGAAAGAUCUCUGAGAUUCUUGUGGCAACUAUUUCCUUCCUUCUCCCAAGUGCAGAAAAUUCUUCAAUGGAAGUAGAUAAAAAGUUUAUAGUGUCCCUGCUGUUGUGCCUGUUAGACUGGUGUAUGGCCCUUCCUCUGCAGACAUUGCUAGAGCCAAUAUCUACAUUCCCGCUUGAAGAGCCACAUCAACCUAAACCAUCCCUCCUUGACUACAUUUACAGAGUUCUACAUUGUUGUGUGUGUGGCUCCAACACAUAUACUCAACAAAGCCAGUAUAUUCUAAGUCUGGCUGAUCUCUCCUCCAUAGACUAUGAUCCAUUUCUACCUUUAGUUAAUGUGAAAAAUUCUGAGCCACCACCUCCCUAUAGCUCCUCUGAUUUCAGCAAUCUCCUCACUGUCGCAGAAGAAAAGAAGAGAAGGAACCUAGAACUCAUCCCUUUGACAGCCCGUAUGGUCAUGACGCAGCUUGUAAACCAUUUGGGACACUAUCCACUCAGUGGUGGUCCAGCCAUUUUACACAGCUUGAUUAAUGAGAAUCAGGAUAACCCUUAUGUGGAGGCAUCAGAGUUGUCAAACGAUGUGUUCCGAAGUCCCAAUUUGCAGCUUUUUGUGUUCAACGACAGUGCUCUUAUUUCUUAUCUGCAAAUCCCUGCAGAAAAUUCUGUUGGCAUGGACUCCACAGGAGUACCCGGCGAUGUACGGAUAAUUGUCAGAGAUAUCUCAGGGAAAUACUCUUGGGAUGGUGAAAUCAUGUAUGGGCCACUAGAAUGUCCUGGUGUCUUUUCAAAGGAAAGAAAACUGCAGUCUGCACAUCAGGUCUGUGAAUAUCAGAGCUUGUUGCAGUCACAUUCUGUGGAAGGAGAAGGAGUGGAUGCCCUUGAUGCACUUUUGGAAAAACUUGGCACUGUAAGUCCAGAGUGCCUACAGCAUACAGAGCUAAGACUGAAUGAACCUGCCUUACCUCCUGUUGGAAUGAGCCGUGAACAAGAAGAGGAGAUCAUUGAGGCAAUCAGAAGACAGAGUUCCAGUGAGGCUGAGCACAUUCAGAUGUGUAACUGUGACCCCAGUGUCAGGGUCUCAUGCCAGGAGGAACCCAACACAGCUGAGCCACAGGCUCCAUUUUAUUUCUGUAGGCUCUUUCUGAAUGAUCUAGGGAUGAAUUCAUGGGAGAGAAGAAAAAAUUUCCAUCUGUUGAAGAAAAAUUCAAAAUUAUUACGAGAACUUAAAAAUCUGGAUUCCAGGCAGUGUCGGGAAACCCACAAGAUUGCUGUGUUUUAUAUCGCUGAAGGUCAGGAAGACAAGUGCUCCAUACUGUCCAACAGCAGGGGAAGCAAGGCAUAUGAAGAUUUUGUAGCUGGACUUGGGUGGGAGGUUGACCUUUCCACACACUGUGGUUUUAUGGGUGGUCUACAGAGAAAUGGAAGCACUGGACAAUCUGCUCCAUACUAUGCUACCUCUACUGUUGAAGUGAUUUUUCAUGUGUCUACACGGAUGUUAUCUGACUCUGAUGAUUCCCUGACCAAAAAGCUUCGACACCUGGGAAAUGAUGAAGUUCAUAUUGUGUGGUCUGAACACACCAGGAACUACCGAAGGGGCAUUAUACCUACAGACUUUGGUGAUGUUUUAAUUAUAAUUUACCCAAUGAAGAAUCGGAUGUAUUUUAUUGAAAUCAUGAAAAAACCAGAGGUGCCGUUUUUUGGUCCCCUUUUUGACGGCGCUAUUGUAACCGAGAAGCUUUUACCAACACUUGUGUGUGCAACCUGCAUCAAUGCCAGCAGAGCAGUCAAGUCCCUAAUCCCUCUCUACCAGAGCUUCUAUGAGGAAAGGGCUCUGUACCUUGAAGCAAUAAUACAGAACCACAGAGAGAUGAUGACUUUUGAAGACUUUGCUGCACAAGUGUUUUGUCCAACUCCCAGUUACUCUAUGGUUGGCUUGGGUCUCCCUGCAAGCACCAGUUCUGAUCUCUCAUCGAGUACAGGAACAGAGCCGGCGGAACCUACAUCUCCGACACUAACACGUGCCACCAGGAGCAAAGUCUCGGGAAAGCUUCGUCGCUCUGCCAGUGCUGUCAGCAAAUCUUCCAAUUGAAGCACUUUUUUUUAUACUGAACUCUAC